ACAGUGGUAGCAAAACGAAUGGUGGACCCAGAUUUAUGUAUAGGGCGUUUUGAUGUUCAUAUGGAUACAAUUAUUCGUACGAAGGAGUCACUGAAACUCAAGGCGAUCUUCUUGGAUGAAAAACUGAAGUGGUCAAUAAUCAAGAAUGUGCAACUCUGUGUUGUUGACACAGAAAACUGCGAUGUUUUCAUCUUUGAGGAAAAGGUGAAGGGCACAUGCUUCUUGUUCCAAUGUGGACCACCUGAGGAUUUUCGAUGUAAAUUCACGCGUCAUGCCAACUACACGAGUGCCCGUGAUGAGUCCAAUGCGUCAAUCAGAGCCACAGACACCAUCCCCAGUCCAUCCGGUGGUACAACAUCCAUCCUCUGUGGGACUGUCUGGCACGAGAUGGAGCUUGUGAGUCUCAAGGGUGGCAAGAAUUUGCAUGGAGACGAGAACAUUUCAGGAAAUUCCACGCAGGGAGCUAAGAACGCAGCUCCAGUGGAAACUACAACGGCCAAAAAUGCCGGAUGCAGUCGUUUUCAAUUUGCCUGCCACUCAGGGGAAUGCCUGGCCGUGUACAAUGCCUGCGAUGGUAUUCCACAGUGUGAGGAUGGCAGUGACGAAGGACCAGAGUGUCCAACAGGACAGAAAACAUCAGGUGUUGCUGGUGCACAGCAAAAUUCCCAGAAUACCCAACAAAUGCAGGAUUUGUCCAAUGCACUGAGACUUCUGCAUCGGACAAUGCCAAUGUGGGAAAUGGUGCUCCACAGACGACAAUGCAGAGACAAUAUCAGAUUCACAAUCGAGAAGAUCCAAUGACGGCACCCAAACAAUGGCCACAAAUAAAUCCCAUGUUCUUAGGUGAGUGUUUUAUAACAGG